CCGCUAGCCAUUGGCGGCGCUGCGGUGAGAGGCUCCAAAGCCGACAGCAGCCCUGGGCGGAAAGUGAAAGUAUAUCCUCAACAGGUUGGCGGCUGCUGCAGGAGCGCGCUUGUGAGAACGGAUGGCGGUUGCGCGCAGAAAACUCUUGCAAAGCAGGCAGGUGAGGGCUCUCCUUCUGUUUCUGUGCCUAUCUGUGGGGGGUGCGGCAACCAUCCGCUAUUCCGUGGCGGAGGAGAUGGAGAGCGGUUCGUUUGUGGCUAAUGUGGCUAAGGACCUCGGGCUGGAGGUAGGGAAGCUGGCAGCGCGCGGGGCGCGGCUCGUUUCCGAGGGCAACAAACUACAUUUCCGGCUCCACCGCAAGACCGGGGAUCUGUUCGUGAAGGAGAAACUGGAUCGGGAGUCUCUUUGUGGCAAAGCCGACCCGUGCGUUCUGCACUUUGAAAUAGUGCUGGUGGAGCCGCUGCAGUCCUUUCGUGCGGAGGUCAGGGUAUUCGAUAUCAAUGACAAUGCCCCGGUUUUCCUAAACAAGGAGCCACUUUUAAAGAUUCCGGAGAGCACUCCCCUGGGUUCACGUUUUCCUCUGCAGAGCGCCCAGGAUCUGGACGUGGGUCUCAACGGCCUCCAAAACUACAGCUUGAGCGCCAACGCGUAUUUCCACUUGCACACCCGCUUCCGCAGCCACGGGCCCAAAUAUGCAGAGCUCGUGCUGGAUAAACCCCUGGACAGAGAGGGGCAGCCCGAAGUCAACUUGACAAUUACAGCGGUGGAUGGCGGGUCCCCGCCCAAGUCUGGCACCGCCCACAUCCGCGUGGAGGUUCUGGAUGUCAACGACCACGUGCCCCAGUUCUCCCGGUUGGUGUACCGCGCUCAGGUACCCGAAGAUAGCGCCAAUAGUUCUUUAGUGGCCACGGUGACUGCCACGGACCUGGACGAGGGCUCCAACAAGGAGAUAACUUACUCUUUAGCUCAAAACCCAGAAACAAUUCUCCAGACGUUUCAGAUUGACCCUCAAACUGGAGAGGUUCGGCUACGAGGGCCCCUAGACUUUGAAACUAUUGAAACAUAUGAUAUUGACAUUCAAGCCACUGACGGAGGAGGCCUCUCGGCCCACAGCAAAGUCCUGGUGGAAGUGAUAGAUGUGAAUGACAAUCCUCCUGAAGUGACGGUCUCCUCUGUGUCCAGCCCUCUCCCUGAGGACUCCCCACGGCAGACUGUAGUGGCCCUGUUCUCUAUCCGAGACCGGGACAUUCGAGUGGGAGGAAAAAUCACCUGCUUCCUCAAAGAAGACCUUCCCUUUGCAGUCAAACCUACCUUCCGGAAUUCGUACUCGCUGGUCACUGAUAGAGGCUUGGAUCGCGAGGAAGUCUCAGGCUACAAUAUCACCCUUGUUGCCAUGGAUACCGGGCCACCCAAUCUGUCCACGGAGACUUUGAUAGAGGUACUAAUAUCUGACAUUAACGACAACCCCCCAAUAUUUCUAAAAGACUCCUACAUCUUGACUGUUCAUGAAAACAACAGCCCUGCAGUUUUUAUUGGCAAAGUCCAUGCUGAAGAUUUAGAUCUGGGUGAGAAUGCCCAAGUAACGUAUUCUCUGCUGCCUCCAGAAAGUGGAGAUCUAUCAGUCUUUGCUUAUAUCUCCAUAAAUUCAGACAAUGGGAAGCUCUAUGCACUGAGAACCAUGGAUUAUGAAGCCAUUCAGAAUUUUCAGUUUAUGGUAAAGGCAACAGAUGGAGGCUUCCUGUCACUGAGUAGCCAGGUUACUGUCAGAGUAGUCGUCCUGGAUGACAAUGACAACCGCCCAAUGAUCUUGUACCCACUGCAGAAUGGCACACUGCCCUGCAAUGACCUGGUGCCCAGGUCUGCAGAGGCCGGCUAUCUGGUAACCAAGGUGGUGGCUGUGGAUGGUGACUCAGGUCAGAAUUCUUGGCUUUCAUAUCAUCUGCUUAAGGCCACCGACCCUGGGUUAUUCUCUGUUCAACAACAAAAUGGGGAAAUUCAUACCUCACGGCAGAUAUCUGAGAGAGACCCCAUGAUACAGAGACUGACCAUUCUUGUCCAGGAUCAUGGACAACCAGCUCUUUCCACUACUGCCUCCCUCAACAUCCUGGUGGUAGAUGGCUUUUCUGAGCCCUACCUGCAGUUCCGGGAUCCAGCCAAGCAUCCCGCAGGGGUAAAUCCUUCCACUAAGUAUUUGGUCAUUUCUCUGGCUGUGCUUUCCUUUCUCUUUCUCCUCUCUGUCACGGUGAUCUUCAUUAUACACAUCUGCCAGAAGAUCAAAUACAGAGAAAAGUUCACAGUUCAAGAGCAUUUCUAUGAUGACUGUAAUUUCCCUAACGACCUGGUACAAGGAGGAGCUAAUGGACCUUUAUCCCAGCCUUGCCCCUAUGAACUGUGCUCAGCCACUGGCACCAGCAGUAGUGAGUUCCGGUUCCUUAAGCGCUUUAUGCCCAACUUCCCCUUUCCCCAUGGCACUGGAGAGGUAAAAACAGAGGCUGGCUCCAGUUUACCACCAGAUUCUGAUAGGAAUAGGUCCCGGGGGUCUGAGGGCCAUGCCCGAGUACCUGAUGACUAUAUGUAGCUCAUGUUCUUGAGCUACAUGUAGAUAUUAUUCAUGUCUCCCCAGGAAGUUCAUUGGUCCUGUCCCUGGAAGUGCUUAUUAGUUCCAUAGAGAUAUCCUGUUAUUUUGACUUUAAAUGAUAUUUUCCAGGAGAACAUGUUACGCAUGCAUAGGGAAGAGAACUAGCUUCCAAUUUUGAUGUAUCAGGAAUCGACUGGGUUUGAGAGGAAGAAUGUAGUUUAUCAUUAUUCAGAAGUUUCUAGGUUUUUGUCCCUUCAUGAGUAGAGGUCAUCUUUGAGUCAACAUCUUAUAUGCCAUCAUUCAUAAUCAUGCAAAUGCCUGGUGAAUGGUGGUCCUCAUAGAUAAUCAGUUAAGAUGAAGGGUAAAGAAAAAAAAGGAUUUGACUUAUAUGCAAAUACCAAUUAGGACACAUAUACGGCUAAAGAGAUUCAGUUCAAGAAUAUACUCCAGUUGUUAGAUGUAGGUUUCUUAAUGGCUGUUUGAGGCAUUUUUGAGUGGUCUCAAAUCUCUCUUUAUACACUUUGCGCUUUAUGCCCAACUUCCCCUUUCCCCAUGUCUAUCCUAUUCCAUAUCAGAGAGCAGUUAUUUGAAUGUGUGCAAUGAAAGGUGGAUAAGGAAAAAAUAAGUGAGGCUUGUUGUAGUUAACAAGUGCUAUUGAUUAACUACAAAAUAAAAAGAUAUUAAAGUAAAAAGCUCAUCACAACCAAUUCAAUAGCCUUAAAAAAAAAAAAAGAUACAUCUUCAGGUACUACCAGACUUGAUUUAAAGCCAUUUUGUCCUCUGAGCAUUCUGAAGUAAUGACAUGGAAACUGAGAAAAAGAAGUAUUUCCUAACAAAUUAUUCACAAAAUAAAAUGGAGUAGGGGAACAAGUUUGGCUUCUUUUUGAUCAUCACUCUCUGCCUUCAUAA